AUGUGUGGACACCUUAGCAAAAGGUUCAAAUCCAUCGAGUUCAGGUACAUUCCUAGGUUUCACAAUGAAUUAGCUAAUGCCUUGGACACCCUCGCCUCAAUAAUUCUAUACCCGGGUAAUACUCACAUUGACCCAUUAGAAAUUAAAAUUCGGGAUCAACAUGGUUAUUGCAACAUAAUUGAAGCAGAACCAGAUGGUGAACCAUGGUACCGUGAUAUUAAACAGUAUCUAAAAACAAGAGAAUAUCUGAAACAUGCUAAUAGGGAUCAAAAGAGAACUAUUAGGCGACUCUCUAAUGGUUUCUUUUUUAGUGGGGAAAUCCUAUACAAAAGGACUCCGGAUUUGAAUUGGUUGAGAUGUGUGGAUGCCAAAGAAGCUGAAAUGAUUAUGAAUGAAGUGCAUACAUGA